AGAUGCUUACUUUAAUUUGUGUGCUAGGUUGUCCUUGUUGGUGAUCACUGCCAGCUUGGACCUGUCAUUAUGUGCAAGAAAGCUGCUCGUGCUGGACUUGCUCAAUCUCUGUUUGAACGCCUUGUUUUGCUGGGAGUGAAGCCAAUUAGGUUGCAGGUACAAUACCGUAUGCAUCCUGCACUUUCGGAGUUUCCCUCAAAUAGCUUUUAUGAAGGUACUCUUCAAAAUGGUGUAACCAUCAACGAGAGGCAAUCAUUAGGCAUUGAUUUUCCUUGGCCUGUACCCAACCGUCCCAUGUUCUUUUAUGUCCAGAUGGGACAAGAGGAGAUAAGUGCUAGUGGAACUUCCUAUCUAAAUAGAACAGAAGCGGCCAACGUUGAAAAGAUAGUGACUACAUUCCUCAAGAGUGGUGUAGUCCCUAGUCAGAUUGGAGUUAUAACACCAUAUGAGGGUCAACGAGCAUACAUCGUAAAUUACAUGUCUAGAAAUGGUGCUUUAAGGCAGCAGCUUUACAAGGAAAUUGAGGUUGCAAGUGUAGAUUCAUUUCAAGGAAGGGAAAAAGAUUAUAUCAUUUUGUCUUGCGUCAGGAGCAAUGAACAUCAGGGUAUCGGGUUUCUUAAUGAUCCUCGCAGGCUUAAUGUUGCUCUUACACGUGCUCGUUAUGGAAUUGUUAUUUUAGGAAAUCCUAAAGUUUUGAGCAAGCAGCCUCUCUGGAAUGGCUUGUUGAAACAUUACAAGGAGCAUGAAUGCUUGGUAGAAGGUCCUUUAAAUAACUUAAAACAAAGCAUGGUUCAGUUUCAGAAGCCAAAAAAGAUCUACAAUGACCGCAGGCUUUUCUUUGGUGGUGGACCUGGAAUAGUUCCUGGUGAUAAUUAUGGAUCUGCUGCCUCGACAAACCCCAAUGCUGACAGGCGGAAUAGUCGUUCUAGGGGUUCUUACAUGGCACCUGGUCCACCCAAUGGUACUCAGAGACCCGGUGUCUAUCCUUCUGGUUAUCCAAUGCCUCGAGUUCCCGCCUCUCCUUACCACAGUGGCUCUUCCCAACCGUAUGCAAUUCCUACUCGUGGUGCUAUACACGGGCCUGUUGGAGCUGUUCCUCAUGGUCCACAGCCAGGUGGCCAGGGUUUUGGGGCUGGGCGUGGGAAUGCCAAUGCUCCAAUUGGUAGCCAUCUUUCUCACCAGCAAGCCUCCCAGCAACCUAUUGGAAGUCAUGGGCCUAACUUCAACUUUCCUGCACUUGAAAAUCCGAACACUCAGCCAUCAGUUGGAGGACCUUUAUCUCAGCCUGGAUAUGCUUCUAAUAUGGCCGUUCAAGGACCAAGCCAGACAUUUCGUGAUGGAUUUUCAAUGGGUGGCAUGUCACAGGACUUCUUGGGAGAUGAUUUCAAGAGCCAGGGAUCCCAUGUUCCAUAUAAUGUUGCUGACUUCUCUACACAGGCUUCUCAAAGCGGAUUUGCUGUCGAUUAUGUAAAUCAGGGAGCACAGGCUGGUUUUCCAGGAAAUUUUUUGAUCCAGAAUUCACAAGCUGGAUACUCACGUUUCGGUUCAGGAAAUGAAUUUAUGUCACAGGAUUACAUGGCUCAUGGAUCCCAAGGUCUCUUCACACAAGCUGGAUACAAUGAUCCAUCACAGGAUGACAGUUCACAAAACCAUUUUAGCAUGUCCAAUGUAAAUCCUCUUCAGUCUCAGAGUUUACUCAAUCCACUGUACUCCCAGCCUUUUGCUCCCUACAACACCCAACCGUUGCACAUGCAAAGUUCCCAACCUCAUCAACCGCAAGCCCCACAAGUCCAAGGCUCACAAAAUCAGAAACUCCAUUACAACGGUUAAAGACCACCGGCUUGUUGUGUAACGGGUUAUGGUUUUGCAUCCAGCAACUUGGUUUGUGCUGUCGUGUGUGAUUGUAUUAUCUGUGUAAGAUGGAGUAGAGAGCUGAAAUUCAGGUCAAUUUGGGCAACCUGAUGAUUCUGGAUGAUGAUUUGAUUCCGAGGGAUGGAGUGGAGGAACCCUCUGGUAAAGAAAAGCACGGGCAGCUGAACCGUUGCUGAGGAAGGCAAAAUAACAGCUGUUAUCUGCUUGAGGUUGUGUACUGCCCAAGGGAAGGUGAACUGUCUAUUCAGUAGAGCAAGUUACAUGGCAUGGUAUUAGUCGGAGGAUGCUGGUUGUUGUUACAGCUGGGCAUGGAAGCUGCUAGUACUAUCGUCCUGUACAGCGUUUUGGCAAAUGUCAGCCUAACCCUUUCAGCUCAUCCUGACAUGUAAUUAAUUCUCACUAUUAUGUAGAAGACUGAUGGAUGUGUUUGUCAAUAAUGCAGCAGUAUACCACUGCUGUUAUAGAGUUUUAGGUACCUAAGCUUGGGGUGUCAGCCUUUCGGUCAAAUUAAUUUGAAUGAGUCAGUAGUUGUGUCAUUUUUUUGGGUGGUCUGUCAAAGCACUUGCUGGUAUAGUCAAUGAAAGUACUUAACAUAUUCACAUAGCGUUUGCACUGAGUCUCUGGGUGUAGCCAAUAGUCAUUCCCAUUAUUCCAUAGUCGAUGAUUCUGUAUUUGCAAUUAUUGCAAGUCAAAUACUGCUUUUAGCUC